GGAGGUGACCCAGCUCCUCCUCUACAGACAGUCAGUGAUAGUGGAUUGGCCUCUUUUCCUGCCAGAACUCCGGAUCUAAACUACAAACAUCUCAUACCGACGAUGAGAAUAUGGCAGCUGGAAGAGCAAAGUCCUUCCGUCGUGUUGGGAGUCUCAUGCGGAGUAAAUCUGAGGGGACGCUGAUCGAUCUGGAUGACAAAGUCUCAACCGGCGACAACCUGAACGGUGUGACUGGGAACUCAGAGUGGCCACUGUUACAGCCAGAAGUCGCAUCUCAGACGAAAAAUCCCUUCUGGAACAAACUGUCUGGGUCAAACCCGUUCUUAGACGACAUCGUACGCAGCAGAGAAGACAAACUCAUUAACAACACAUCGAAUGUAAAACAACUAAAUAAUGAAAAACAUUUGGACACAAAUAACGAUGACGCCAUCAGCACAUCUUCAGAUGAAGGCAACGUGGGGAAGUUUUUGGAAAACAAACACAAAUCUAGCAACAAAUCUGGGAGAUGGAGAAGUGCUUCAGACAUCCUGGACGAUCUGGAGAGGAAAGUUCCAAAACGGGAGAACAGCUUCCGGCCUCCUGGGCCGGUGCUGAACCCAGACUUUGAGUGGCUAAAGAACGACAGAGAGGCCUACAAGAUGGCCUGGCUGAGCCACCGGCAGCUCACCCGCUCAUGUCUGGACUUAAACCUGAUGAGCCAGAGUCCAGGAUGGGCUCAGACCCAGGCCACCGACUUCCAGGUCAUCUGUAAGAUCGGCCACUCUGGAGGCUCCGUCCAGCUGCCAGACUCACAGAUCAGCAUCCACAUCCCAGAGGGCCACGUUCCUCCUGGAGAAGUCCAGGAAGUGACACUGAAAGCAAUGCUGGACCCUCCUCCUGGACUCAAUAACAACUAUGUGACAACCAUGAGUCCACUCCUAGAGGUGGUCCUCAGCAACAUCAACAUGAAGGAGAGCAUCUCUCUGGAGAUGAAGCUGGCUGGAGAGGUGAAGAGCGACGCGCUGAGUCAGGUGAUGACGGCUGUGGUCGGCCUGGUGUCCAACAAAAGAGAGGGACCUUAUCUGAAAGUGGACAACUGUUACAUUUACAAGAACAUCAUGCAGAUGAAGCUGCAGGACCUGAAGACACAUUUUUAUGUGAUUGCAGUUGCAGAAGCUUCUGCCAUCCAGUCUCCUGCUACGUCUGUGUGGGAUUACCUCGAUCGCCAGAUCACAGUAGCAGUUUAUGGUCCCAGGUACAUCCACCCGUCAUUCAAAGCCGUGAUAGUGGUUUGCUGUCAUGAGGACGUUCCUCCAAGGCUUCCCUUUUCAGAUGUCUGCAGAGGAAACAAAAACGUGCCACCACUUGUGCUGCAGCUUUGGGGGAAACACGGACUGAAACCAGACAAGCUGAACAACCUGCAUGUCGGGGUUAAACUCUCAGACUCCGUGUUUAAAAUCAAACCUGGGGAUGAACUGAAAGAAGUGAGGCAGAGUCAGCUCAAAAUAGGGACAGUUUUACAUCUGCCUGUUGCAUUAUCUUGUGCUAAUAAUACAGAAAUGACUCCUUUUAAGUUAGAUCUGCAGGUGAAGGAAUCAAACGAUGCAACUGUUGCACGUUUCCAAGUGUCUUCCCCUCCCGCAGCACCCAUCAGGUCAGAGAAGAGAGUGCCGAGGCAGAUAGAAAAGCGGAUUGAAAUGACCAGAAGCGUACCUAUUCCUGAGGAAAGUGUUCCAGAUUUCCCCAAAUUUACAGACCGCCCCGUGAGCCUGCAGUGGUAUGGUGUCGCCCUGAAGUCAGUCCUCCGUCAGCCCCGUGUAGACUACCUCCUGGAGUAUUUCAAGGGGGACACGGUGGCUCUGUUGUCCCGGGACACCGUCAGGUCAGUGGGGAACUCAAAAGAGAAGGAUUGGUAUAUCGCAUUCCUCCGAGGCAGGACCGGUUUGGUUCACUGCAAGAACGUGAAGCUGAUCACCAGAGACCAGGUGAUAGACUUCACCGGCAUCCACAUCACCUCAGAGGUCCUCCUGGACAACAUCACGCUGCCCUUCAAGAAGCUCACCUACAUGUACUCCGCCAUCCAGACGCUGGUCACUGAACACAUCAGCAGCUGGAGAGGCUUUGCUGAUGCGUUAGGCUACGGCAGCCUGUCGCUGGACGCCAUCACACGGAGGCACGCCGACUCUGAGGCGGAUAAAGUGGCCUGUGUGCUGGAGAAGCUGAAGGAAGACUGCCACGCCGAGAAGAGCGGGAACAAGUUUUUGCAUGAGCUCCUGGUGGGUCUGCUGAAGAUGGACUCUGUCAGUCUCGUGGCGCUGCUGAUUCAGAAUACAGUCAUUUUGUCCACCGCGGUGGAGCUGGGAGCUCGAUGGCGGGAGCUGGCUGACAAGAUGGGGAAACUCUCCAGCAGUCAGAUCGCUGGUUAUGAGGCGCCGCACCGAGGGAAGAGCGGGGAAGUCGGUGCCCAGUCGAUGUGGAAGCCAGCCUAUGACUUCCUGUACUCCUGGAGUCUGCGCUACGGAGACAGCUACCGGGACAUGAUCCAGGACCUCCACCUGGUCCUGGACAAGAUGAAGAACCCUGCAACCAGACAGUGGAGGCAGCUGACCGGCGCCCUCAUCACCGUCAACUGUCUCGACAUCUUUAGAGCCUCCGCCUACCCAAAGUCCUAAACUCUAGUGAUGUCAGCAACAUCCACGCACUUCGGGAAAAAAACAUUUUUCCAUUUUUUUUGUUACACUCAAAGAUUUUUUAUGUUACUUUGCUCUUUUUUUGUUGUAUAGUUUCUCAUUUUUACACAGUCAGGUACUUGCACUAAACGUUUGGAUCUCUUUGGUAAAUGUUAAAUAUGUUUCACAGUUCACAACCUGUGAAGGAAUAUAUCACUUGAUCCUGCAAAAAGAAGAAAAUGAAGGGUAGUUUUUUAUAUAUUAUAUAUGUGAUGAAGCCUUAAUGUGAGAUUUCAUAUUAGUAGCUCAUUUUCAGUGAAAUAAGGUCAGUAGAUCCACCUGUCAAUCAUCUCACCUGGUGUAUCAACAUUUGUUUGAAUCUAUCUUCCU